AUGCCCGCCACAUGGCCCGCGGAUAUGCGGAGGGGGUUGGGGGGGGGGUGCGGGGUGGCCAUGUCUGACUGGGACGCCAGCAGCGACGAGGAUGGCGGCGCGCAGGGACGGCCGCCAUCUUCUGCCGCUACCGCCGGGUGUCUCCGGCAGCUGCCGGCAGCCCCUUCGCAGAGCCGCGCCUCCGGAGAGGGCUCUGGGCACCGGAGGAGAGCUGCGUGGUGUAGGCGAGAGGCGGCGGGCAGCCACGGAGGGGAGGAGUGGGAGGCUCGAAGUACCGAAGGCUUCCGCGGCUUGGGGAAGGCAGCGCGGCAACAGCCGCCCCGAGCCGCCGGUGGCCAAGCUCCGGACGCCGUGGAGCCCCUUUCCUUCCAUCUCGAUAGAGCCUUGGUCGGGGCUCCGAUAGGUAAUAAUGGCCGCACGGCCUCCCCGCCGGGGCUUUGGCCCGCUGAGCACUGUGUCUUUACAGCAGACCGAGGUGGAACUAAAAUAAGAGAGCUUCAGGAUUCUUCGGGUUCCAGGAUAAAGGUUAUCAAGGGAACAGAUGAAGCUGACGUAAAGAUUUUUGGCAGUGUUUCUGUACAAGAAAAAGCCAAGAGGUUGAUGAUUGAUGAUGCUGCUACAAGAUCUGGACAAAGCUAUGUUAGAGGUGGGACGGAGAGAGGAAAAACCUUGGACGUGAUCAAGCCUGCAGCCAACCCAAAGAGACCUGUGAUUAACUGGGCCUCUCUUCGAGAGAACAAAGCUAAAUAUGAAGCUAUGAAGUGGGCAGACUUGCCUCCAAUUGAGAAAAACUUCUACAAAGAGUCAUCAAGUACAGCAUCUAUGUCACAAGAAGAAGUGGAACUGUGGCGGAAAGAAAAUAAUAAUAUAAUUUGUGAUGACUUAAAAGAAGGUGAGAAGCGCCGCAUUCCCAAUCCUGUUUGCAAAUUUGAAGACGUAUUUGAGCCUUAUCCUGAUAUUAUGGCUAAUAUAAGAAAAGUUGGGUUUCAGAAACCUACACCCAUUCAGUCCCAGGCAUGGCCGAUCAUACUCCAAGGAAUUGAUGUUAUUGGUAUAGCACAGACUGGUACUGGGAAGACAUUAGCGUACUUAAUGCCGGGAUUCAUUCACUUGACUUCACAACCAAUAUCCAGAGAUCAGCGUGGAGGGCCAGGAAUGUUAGUCCUUACUCCCACUCGUGAACUGGCACUUCAGGUAGAGGCAGAGUGUUCAAAGUACACAUACAAAGGAAUCAGAAGUAUUUGCAUAUAUGGUGGUGGAGACCGAAAAGGACAAAUAGAUGUGGUUACCAAAGGUGUGGAUAUUGUUAUUGCAACUCCUGGCAGACUGAAUGAUCUUCAAAUGAACAACUUUGUAAAUUUGAAGAGCAUAACCUACUUGGUUUUAGAUGAGGCUGACAGAAUGUUGGAUAUGGGGUUUGAACCUCAGAUAAUGAAGAUCCUAAUAGAUGUGCGGCCUGACAGACAAACUAUUAUGACAAGUGCUACGUGGCCUGAUGGUGUUCGUCGUCUAGCAAAAUCCUAUUUGAAAAAUCCUAUGAUUGUGUAUGUUGGCACUCUUGACUUAACAGCAGUAAAUACAGUAGAACAGAGGGUUAUUGUUAUUGCUGAAGAGGAAAAGAAAGCUUUCAUGCAAUGCUUCGUUGAGUCUAUGAAGCCCAAAGAUAAGGUCAUCAUUUUUGUGGGGAAAAAACUAACAGCUGAUGACAUAGCAAGUGAUUUUGGUCUCCAAGGGAUUCCAGUACAGUCACUUCACGGUAACAGGGAACAGUGUGAUAGAGAACAGGCUUUGGAUGACUUUAAGACAGGCAAAGUCAGAAUACUGGUAGCCACUGACUUAGCAUCCCGUGGCCUUGAUGUUCAUGAUAUUACUCAUGUUUUUAACUUUGACUUCCCUCGGAACAUUGAAGAGUAUGUGCACAGAGUAGGUCGUACUGGAAGAGCAGGACGUACUGGGGAGGCAGUAACCCUUGUCACUAGGAACGAUUGGAGGUUUGCAUCUGAGCUGAUAGAAAUUCUGGAAAGAGCAAACCAAGUAGUUCCUAACGAGCUUAUUGCAAUGGCAGAAAGAUACAAAGAAUUUCAAAUCAGAAAAGAAAUGGGAAAGGAUAUACGAAGACCUUGGAGAAGGCCCUCAAAAUAA